UACGAUGUUUAACAUGGGUGUUGUCGAAUACUUUGCAAACAAAUCCGUCUUCAUCACUGGCGGCACGGGCUUCAUAGGGAAAGUCUUGGUUGAGAAGCUACUGAGAUGUUGUCCAGAUGUUAAGGCGAUAUAUCUGUUGAUGAGGACGAAGAAGGGACAGAGCCCUCAGGAUCGUCUCAAUGAGAUGACCAGCUCAAGAUGUUUCGAAAAAAUCAGGGAUAUUAGAUUGUUCUCGAAACUGUGCGUGAUACAAGGCGAUAUAUUAGAAGAAGAUCUGGGAAUAUCUGAGCAGGAUAGAAUAAUAUUACAGGAAGAGGUCCAAAUAGUGUUCCACAGUGCUGCUUCAGUCAGAUUUGAUCAGGGUCUUCGUUAUGAAAUAACUGCAAAUGUAAUUGGUACCAAACGCGUGCUGGAACUAGUUGAAGGGAUGAAAAACCUUGAAAUAUUUGUGCAUGUGUCAACGACCUUCUGUCAUGAUGAGUUAGAGAAUCUGGAAGAGAAGGUGUAUCCUGCUCUACACAGACCUGAGGAUAUUAUCAACUGUGUGAAGUGGAUGAGCGAUGACUUGCUAAUGAAGUUACAACCAGAGUUAAUCAAGCCAUACGUCAACACAUACGGAUACUCUAAAAACCUCACUGAGGAACUAGUGGCUCAAUACAAAGACAAAUUUUCAAUUGCGAUCGCGAGGCCUUCAAUUGUUUUGUCAUCGUACAAGGAACCUUUGCCAGGAUGGGUAGACAACAUAAACGGACCUACAGGAGUUACAUACGCUAGUGCUAGAGGUCUGUUGCACACCUCCUACUGCGAGAAAACUCGUAUGGAUGUAAUACCACUGGACGCUGUGGUCAAUGGCUGCAUUCUUCUGGCAUAUACAACAGGAAUUGAACAACCAAAGGGUAUAAGAGUUUGCAACGUGACAGAUAACAGCUUCGGUAAAAUGAAUUGGCACGACAUUAUUGCAAUAAUGAAAGAUUUAUUAUUAAAAUACCCGCUAUCCCUCUGCCUGUACUACCCAGCAGGGUCAUCGAAGCAGUAUCGCUACCAGCACAAGAUAGCGGAGGUCUUUUUUCACAUACUGCCGGCGUACUUCAUUGAUUUGCUUCUAUUUUUGUGUGGACGGAAGACAUUUAUGAUAAAAAUAGAGAAACGUCUGCGUAAAGGGGCUGAAAUGUUACAAUACUACACUUCCAGAAAUUGGGUUUUCAAAAACGAGUAUUUUCGAUCUUUAAAAGAUCAAAUAACCCAAGAAGAAAAUGAUAUUUUCUAUACGGAUAUGUCGAAAAUGGACUACAAUUACUACUUGAAGAGCUAUCACCUUGGAAUUCGGGAGUUCAUCGCUAAGGAGGACUUGUCCACGUUACCGCAGGCCCGUCGACUCAUGACAUGGUACGCAUUAUGUUAUACUACCUUCACAUGA